AUGUUGUUGCAUCUGCUCUUUGGGUUAUCCGUCGCCGUUGGGCUGUCGGCGGCGGAAAGGGGCCUGCCUUUUGAUUUCCCAUUCUCUCAGACUCCAACAAGAUUCAAUAUCCGCGUGGAUUCGGAACUGGUGGAUUUCGCCAAAAGCCGGGCUGCCUCUUAUCGCCCCUCUUACGGUAUCUCCGAUGAAUGGACCAAAGAAGGCCCCCCAGCGGCAUCCAUGGCUGAGCUAUCAACAUUCUGGGCCGAACACUAUAACUGGUCGGAAGUAGAAGACCGUAUGAACAAGCGUGAUCACUUCUCGGUUGUGAUUCCUGGUGCAGCAGGUUAUACUGGCGAUAUCCCCAUUCAUUUUGUGCACCACCGUUCUAUGAAUGAUAGUGCCAUCCCUCUUCUACUUCUCCACGGCUGGUCAUCGACUCAUCUGGAAUGGGACAAGAUCAUUGAUCCUCUCGCUCAAUUGUUCCACCUCGUCACCCCUGACCUCCCUGGUUAUGGUUUCAGCCCGGCACCUACGGAGAGUGGAAUGGAUGCUCGAACCAUGGGUGCCGCUUAUGAUGUGCUCAUGAAAGAGCUUGGUUAUGGAACUUAUGGUGUGGUGGGCACGGAUGUUGGAUACUUCGUUUCCAGCUGGAUGAUGUCAGACGUGCCUGAUAGCAUCAUCGGACACUUCUUAGACUUUAUGCUCGUGCCGCCAACGCAAGACGACAUCGAUCGGUAUUCUGGGAAUCAGACGACACCAGAAGAGAAUGCAUACCUUGGAUCCUUCACUGCGUUUGAAUCAGACCACUCUGUGUAUUCUGCCGUGCAGGCUCAGAAGCCAUUGGCCUUGAGUCUCUCAAUGGGUGACAGUCCCGUUGGGUUUGCCGGCUGGCUAUGGGACCUGAAAUACGCCGGCAGCGAUGGAUACCAGUAUACAAUGGAGGAACUCAUUACGGAAGCAUUCACGUUGUGGAUACAGGCGCCUUACGGUGCGAUGCGAUCCUACCUGGAAACGCUGAUUGUAAGCCUUGGACAUACCACCAGCGGUUCAAAAAGUUGGAAUAAGUAG